AUGACAACUCCAAGGAGAAACAUUUUCACGCUUAAGUACAAGGAACCUAAGCUGGACAAUCUGAAGGGUUUGAUCUCUGAUUUGGCUCUCAGUAAACGUGAUGAGUUCGGGAAAAACUAUGGGAAAACUUUGAGUCUUCUAACUAAGAAAGUUGACUAUGGAAUUAUCGGCUCUUUGGCACAAUAUUAUGAUCCACCUCUACGCCGUUUCACAUUCGUUGAUUUCCAACUAGCUCCUACUUUGGAAGAAGUUGAGAGAAUCAUGGGUCUCAAAUUGAAAGAUUUCAAUCCGUUUCCAAAGCUCGAAGAAGAAGCGGGCCCAAAGAAGAUAGCUUCAGCCCUAAGUAUCAAUGUCCCAACUGUUCGAGAUAAUUGGGUUGAAAAAGGGGGUUGCGAAGGUUUUGCCGCGACGUUUUUGGAAGAUUUAGCUCUGGAGUUCAAGAAAAAGGGAAAUUGGAAUGCAUUCUAUGAUGUGUUGGCUUUAUUGAUCCAUGGGAUUGUGCUCUUCCCAAAUGUUGAAACAUUUGUGGAUCAGGUAGCCAUAGAAGUCUUUCUCUCCGGCAAUCCAGUACCAUUUCUCUUAGCUGACAUUUACCAUGCCCUUCACGCUCGACAUGAAAAGAGGGGUGGAACUUUGUUGUGCUGUGCUCCUUUGCUUUAUACUUGGUUCAUGCAACACAUGCCCGAAGAAGGCCCUUUUGUAGCAAAAGAACUUAAGUCUCCUCAAAGAUUAGCUUCUCUCACUGCAAGUUCCAUCAUAUGGUAUAUCCGAGAGUGGGAAACCCCAGACAUUAUAGUCAGCUGUGGGGAAUUUCCUAAUGUAUCGUUGUUGGGUACUAAGGGUUGCAUCAAUUAUAACCCUAUGUUAUCUCGAAUGCAACAUGGCUACUCCAUGGAUGGUCCUCCUGACGCAAAGGACUUACAACCAUUUGUUGUUAGGAAGGGUAAAGAGUUUGGAAAAAGAAACCUUCUCGCCAAAGAACCUUACACUCGAUGGUUGAAAGAAAGGGUUGGGGAAAUCCAUUUGCCAUUUAUCUUAAAGGCUUCAACCUUUCCCAAAACUCCUGAACCUGAGCCUAUACUACCUGAAGACAAGGAGAAACUCACUACUAAGGUUAAGGAGCUCGAAUUGGAGAAUACUGAAUUACGGAUUCAGAUGAACCGAGUUAUCUUGGAAAAUCAGAAUUUGAAGGAGGAACGUAAGGGGAAAGCCCAGAAACUUGAGGAUGGUAACAAGAGAGCCAGGCUAUUGGAAGACCAGAAGGAUGUUCUUGAUCAUAUCCUUAUAGGUUCCACAUCAGUGAUCCGAACCAGGAAGGAAGAGCUCAAGAAAGCUGAGUAUAAGAUCUGUGAGUUAGGGAGAAUGUUGGAUAAAUCCCUUAUGGAUAAGAAAGAAAUUAAGCUUAACUUUGAGGCACAGAUCCGUGAACUGAGGGACGCUCUGAAGAAAUGCAAGGAAAAGUUGUCUCGCGAGAUACUCCAAAAGGAAUAA